GCAUAAGAAGGAUCAAAGCUGCCUGGCCUUCCCGGAGGGUGGAAUUGAAGUGUGGGCGGGGAGGCACAGCAAAGGCAGGUCUGUGUCCUGUCUGGGUGACAGAAGGCAAGAGAGGCAGAGAGGACGCUGCGGGGAAAGUAGAAAAAGAGGAAAGGAGGGGAUAUAGAAGCACAGAUAGGAAACAAGCAAAAGCAAGUCUAGGUAAAGACGUUGCAGUUGGCUUGUGUUUAGACCCGGGUAUCAACUUGGAGAGCUUACCCAGCUCUUCGACCUCCCUGGGGUCCCCUGCUCCUUUCCUGCCACAUUUCACCCCCUUAGGCAGGGCUCCACUUCUCAGCCCACGCGCCCCCAGCCCUCCCACCUUCACAGUGCCUGUUGGAAUGGGGGCAGUGUGGGAUAAUGGCUCUUGGGUCCCCAUGCAGCCUUCUGCACGCUGCCAGGAGGUGGGAGAGAACCGGAACAUGUCCUGGGAGUCUGCUCUUUGAACAAGGAAGCCUUGCUGGGGCAGAGCGAUGGACAGGAUUUGGAAGCUGGUUUUGUGAGUCACUGUGAACUCUCAGCACCCGCCCACUUGAGGCCAACUUUGAAAGCUCAGCUUGUAUGAACUGUCGGACCAGGUCCAGGUACUGGGACUUUCUCAGUGGCCUUGUUAGCUCUCAGCCGCUGAGAACAGCCUUGAGUUGAGGAAAUUGUGGCCGGACAAACAGCAAGGCAGUUCUGCUCCCCUGUCAGUCACUCUGCUGCUGGCUGGCUGCAGCUGAGCCCGUGCCCAGCAGCGUGUCUGGCGGGAGAGGAGCCGGCUGACCCGUCUGUCCUCUGGGGAUGUUGGGGCUGGCUCUCGUCCUCACACUUUUGUUCCUCAGUGGGCUUCAGGGCCAAGAUUCUGCUAAACGUGUGGUCGGACUCUCAGGAACAUGUCUCCGGUUAUGGCCUCCCAAGACACUGGCAAAGAACAUAGAAUCUGUUCAAUGGAAGAGGCCGGGGCCCUCACCUUCAGAAUUUUCUGUGAUACUGACGUGGAAGUGUGAGUCUGAUAAUUGCAGCGAUAAAAAUUGGACUUUGAAUCACCUCAACAAAAGAUUCGGUUUUAUAACCCAGAACCUAAGUCUCACCAUCCAGGCAGCUCAGCAGCAGGACAGUGGCUUCUACAUCUUUGAGGCGACUGAUGAGCAUGGAAAAGUUAAGAACUACACGUUCCAGGUUUCUGUGUUUGAUCACGUAGGGGAGCCCCACGUACUACAGAACUUGAAGGUCCUGGAGGGAGGGAGGUGCCAAGUGACUCUGUCCUGCUCGGUCCCCAGCGGUGAUAACGUGAGCUAUGAUUGGUAUAGAGGGAGCGUGCUGAUCGAGACAGCAAGGAAUCACAGCACGCUGGAGGACCAGAUCGAUGCCAACAGCUCGCACAUAUAUACCUGCAAUGUCAGCAACUCGGUCAGCUGGACAAACCGCACCUUCAUCCCGCACUGUCCAGGUGACUCCCAGCAGGACGGCACAGAGGAGUUUCUGACGGUUUAUGAAGAUGUCAACAACGUGCAAAUCAAGAGGAGUCAGGAGCAGAAGCCGAAUCCCCCUGGAGAAGGGAGCACCAUCUACUCCAUGAUCCAGUCCCAGCCUUCUGCUUCCACAUCACAAGAAGCAAACACCUUGUAUGCAUUGGUACAGCCUUCCCGGAAGUCUGAAUCCAAGAAGAAGAACCACGGCCCUUCCCUCAGUAAUACUAUCUAUGAAGAGGUUGGAAAGAGACAGCUCAAAGCCCAGAACCCAGCUCGACUGAGCCGCAGGGAGCUGGAGAACUUUUCUGUGUAUUCCUAGUUGCUGCCGCUGGUCUCCCUUCUCUCACAUCCCAGUAUCUGCUUUGGGACUCAGCCCAGUGGAUGAUACCACAUGAGUCUACAGAAUGGUGCCUGGUCUGGAGAGGAUACGGGAGUUCGUUCAGGGUCUAUAUCUUGUUCUUAACAUGAUUUCUCUCAGCCAAGACUGUUAAAUAAUAUCUCUCAACUUACAGACUGGACAAGACUGGGCGGAGAGGUUGGGUAGUUCUCGAAAGACUGCAAAGCAGGUCCACGGGCGGGCGCACCACAAGUCUGUCAAAUGCUAUGCAAAUACAGAGUGUUGUAUGAUUAGCAUCAAGAUCCCUUCCCCUGGAUUUCUAAUGUGUUCCUCAUCUCUCCUCUUCUUUAAUCUGAGACGACCACAUUUCUAGACCCUCCCCUGCCCCAGGCCCCUCUUCCAAAGGGGAAGGAAAGAUCAUGGUGACUCAGGGGGAGAGAAACAGCUCCACCCCACGAGGAUGAACUAAGUAGCCGUAAGCUGCCGGCAGGUUCUCCAAGGGACCGGACCUAGGCUGUCCUCAGAUACAGAGGAAAAACUCCCCCACCACAUAGUAAACCUUCACCUCUGGCCGCUUGGUCACAAGGGAGAGGGCAGGAGUGAGAGUAGAUGGUACCAAGUAAACCCAUCUCAGAGUGGAAAAAUCACCGUGAGUCCACGCUGUCCCAGUAACUGGGCCGUGGGACCAGUUUUGUCUGCGGUAUGAUGUGUGAUUAUUAACCCGUUAUUGAUUAAAAACACAUGUUCAGAAA